AUGAAGUAUAUUUUGGUAACCGGUGGUGUUAUUUCUGGUAUCGGAAAGGGUGUUAUUGCAUCAUCCACUGGUCUACUCUUAAAGACUAUGGGAUAUAAGGUCACAGCUAUUAAAAUAGAUCCUUACAUGAACCUCGACGCCGGUACCAUGGCACCAACUGAGCAUGGUGAAGUUUACGUUCUUAAUGACGGUGGUGAGGCAGAUUUGGAUCUCGGUAACUACGAGCGUUAUUUGGAUGUCACCCUCGGUAGAGACAACAACCUCACAACUGGUAAAAUAUACUCUCACGUUAUCGAAAAAGAAAGAAAAGGUGACUACUUAGGAAAGACAGUUCAAGUCGUACCACACAUUACUGGUGCUAUUCAAGAUUGGAUUGAGAGAGUUGCACACACCCCUUCAGAUGAGACUGGUGAGGUUGCAGACGUCUGUAUCGUUGAAUUAGGUGGUACAGUAGGUGAUAUUGAAUCAGCACCUUUCAUUGAAGCUAUGCGUCAAUUCCAAUUUAGAGUCGGCCAUGAAAACUUUGCCCUUACCCACGUUUCCCUGGUACCAGUAAUUUCAGGUGAACAAAAAACAAAGCCAACUCAAGCUACUGUCAGAGAAUUGAGAGGUUUGGGUCUUCUCCCUGAUCUCGUCGCUUGCCGUUGUGAGCAAGAACUUCAAGCCGAAACAAUCAACAAAAUUUCCAUGUUCUGUCAUGUUUCAGCUGAGCAAGCUAUUGGUGUCCACAACGUUAGUUCUCUUUACCACAUCCCAUUGCUUCUUGAAGAACAAGGUCUUGGAAAGUACCUUGAUAAGCGUUUGGGACUUAGCGAGAUUAAAAAAUCUCAAGCAAUGAUCAACAGAGGUUUAGACAUUCACAAGAAAUGGGGUAACUUAACCGUUGGAUAUGAAAGAUUAUUCGAAAGUGUUGAAAUCGUUUUGGUUGGCAAAUACACUGCUCUUCAAGAUAGUUAUAUGAGUGUUAUCAAAGCACUCGAACACGCUUCUUUGCGUUGUGGUCGUAAAAUCCAUAUUAAAUGGGUUGAAUCAGGUCAUUUAGAACCUGAAACUGAAACCAAAGAUCCAACGAAAUAUCACGAAGCUUGGCAUACCCUUUGUAGAUCAAACGGUAUACUCGUUCCAGGUGGUUUCGGAUCAAGAGGUACGGAGGGUAUGAUUUUAGCUGCCAAGUGGGCAAGAGAAAAGAAGGUUCCUUUCCUUGGUAUUUGCCUUGGUUUCCAAGUCGCGGCUAUUGAAUUUGCAAGACAUGUUCUCAAUUGGAGCGAUGCCAACAGCUCUGAACUUGAUCCAAACACUAAACAUGAUGUUGUUGUUUUCAUGCCUGAAAUUUCUAAAACUCAUCUUGGUGGUACAAUGAGAUUAGGUUUACGUCCAACCGUUUUCGAAGAAGGUAGCGAGAAUUGGUCAAUUGCUAGAAAACUUUAUGGUGGUUCAAAGAACAUCUGGGAGAGACACAGACACCGUUAUGAAAUCAAUCCAAAACUUGUUGACUCACUUGAAUCAACCGACCAAGUUAAAUUCGUUGGUAAAGAUGAAUCAGGUGAAAGAAUGCAAGUUAUGGAAAUGCGUGAUCACCCAUACUUUAUUGGUAUGCAAGCACAUCCAGAAUUUUGUACCCGUCCACUUAACCCAUCACCACCAUUCGUUGGUUUAGUUGCAGCAGCAUCUGGUCAAUUAGAUGCUCAUUUGGAUUUACAAAAAGACUAUAAACCACCACAUCCAACUACUGAAAUGGUUUUAGGUGAAAAAGUUGGUAAAAAUAAUGUUAUAAAAUCAGCUAUCAAUGAUGCUGAAUUUAACACACCAACUCAAUCACCGAAAGUUAACACAAAAGAUCUUCCAAUAGCUUAA